AUGGGUGACUUUCUAACCUUACUGGAACCCAAUGCUGCGUGUGAGUCUGGUUACCUGCCCACCCAAGAGGAGUAUAUGCAAGCUCUGGGUGCGUGGGGUACGGCCAUCACAGCGGUGGGCAGCCUGAUCACGGUGGUGUUGGUGGUGUUCUACAUAGAGCACAUUGUCUUCACCUUCAGGAACACUCACUCUGUCUUCAGGAGGCAUAUCAAUUGGAUCGCCUGCUUCUACCCGAUGGGCGCCCUUAUGUCCCUGCUGGCACUAGUUGUACCACGGUCCUACAACAUUUGCCUGGCUGUGAAAAUUGUUUUCUUCUCCCUAGGCAUCAGUCACUUCACAGAUCUGACGGUGGAAAUGUUUGGCUGCGAAAAGGCAAUGCUGGCUAAACUGAGCGGCUCCUUCUUCAGUGUGUGUCCCAGCUUCUGCCGCGCCCCCAGCCCCCACGUGACCAAAGUACGCCUACGAUUUGUAAAGUGGAUGUUGUGGCAGCUUCCCUAUUCUCAAACCAUCUACUUCUUCUUCGAGAUGUACUGGACCAGGGCAGAGAGUGACUCCAUGGGGCUGGUCUACUUCAGUUACGCCUACCUGGUGCUGGAUCUUUUCAACGCUGUGUCCUUCAUCUGUGCCAUCUACGCCCUGGCAGUGCUCAUGAGGCUGGUCGGGGAUGUUCUGCAGCCCUUCAACUAUAAGCGCAAGGCAUCCACUCUCCUCGUCUUCCUCGUGGUUCUCAAGGUUCCAGGGUUCUUCAUGACGGUUCUGGGCAACUAUGGACACUUCCCCUGCGUCCCGCCCUACAUUACCUCCAUGAUGUAUGCCCACACUGUGGUGAGUCUGGUGCACCUUUGCCUCAUCCCGCUGUUCGGUGGGCUGGAAUACUGGCAAUACCACACGCUAGAGUUUGUCAGCCCCAUCUCCGACAAGCACCACAAGCACUCCCACGAGCUGAUCAUCCACGGACAGGCCUGCGUGUGUAUCAUUUCCGAGAUGAACGUGACCAAGCCCACAAGGAGACUCAGCGGUACUCUGCCCCCCAUCGUGCUGGAGAACAAGAUGGCGCUGGACCCACAGUACUCGUCUGAAGAGGGACAGAACAACAAUGACGGGGUUGCCAACUUAACCUCUGUUGUUGGACUAAACUUGUUGUUUCUCGCUGGUGUGUGUGUAUGCGUGUGCGUGUGUGUGUUCGUGAGGGAGUGUGUGCGAUAUAACACCAUGGAGGAAGACAGAUCUAUGUGCAACAGUACCUUCGUUCCUGCGUCACCGGAGUACUUUGAAGGUCUGGGUUCCUUCAGCUCCACCAUCCUCAUUAUUGGCGGCCUUAUCACCCUCGGCCUCUUCAUCCUCUUCUUCGAGCAGGUCCUCUUCACCAACCAAACUGCUCAUCCUGGCGCCAAGAGGAACAUUUACUGGAUUGCCUCGGUCUUCCCUAUGAUGACACUGAUGAGUCUAGUGGCGCUGGUCAUCCCAAGAUCAUCUGAUGUCUGUCUCUCCGUCAAGAUGGUGUAUAUGUCAAUAGGAAUCAGCCACUUCACUGACUUGACAAUGGUGAUGUUCGGGGGCGAGGAGCUGUUAGUGGAGAGUGGGCGUCAGGACACCUUCAACCUGCGCCUGUCGCCUUUGUGCUGCUGCUGCCGCUGCCUCCCACGCCCGGCUGUUACCAAGUACUCCCUCCGACUAAUUAACCUGAUGACGGACCAGCUUCCCUUCGCCCAGGCCACUUAUUACGUCAUCGUCCUCAUCCUCCUCUCAGCUGACAACAUCACCAUGGGAGACGUGAAGCCCUCCGGUGCCUUCCUGUGGCUCAACAUAUUCAAGAUUGCCUCGGCUCUGUUCGGCGUGUACGGGUUCAUGAUCCUUUCCCGCUUCUCUAAAGGCUACCUGGAUGACGCCUUCGAGUACAGGAGAAAGUCCCGCUCCAUCCAGCUCCUUCUGCUCAUCACUAAUUUUCAAAGCAUGAUCUUCAACAUCAUGGCAAACUAUGGCGCCUUUCCCUGCAUGCCGCCCUACAUCACCCCCACCGUGUACAAGCAGACCGUGGACAACUCCCUGUACGUGGUGGAGAUGAUGAUCCUCGGUCCCUACACUUACUGGCAGUACCACGACCAGAUGUUUGGCACCCCCAUCACUGCGGCCUCCUACAGGGACCGAGGAGGGAGUGUCAGCACCACCAGCACCAAGAACAGCACCAUCAGCACAGCAGUGACGGACAGCGACGAGGAGGGUAGCACCACCACCACCGCCACCACCACCACCGCCACCACCACCACCGCCAGCCACUUAGCAAUAGAAAACGAGAUGAGUGGAAGAGAUAGUGAGAGAGAUAGGAGAAAUAGUUCUGGUGAUAGGAAGGGGUCCUAG